UGCUUGCCACUAUUGCCCUCCUUGCUCACGAUUUCUUUUCUUUUCUUUUCCUUUAAACCAAACAGGCCAUUAAUUGUUUGUUUUUUCACCUUUCAAGCUCUCUGCGCAUCUAUUUGAAAUAGAGGAGGAACAAUCAUCGGCAGUGAUGCUGACGCGCGCUGGUGGUCUUUCCUUCUUCUUCGCCAAAACCCCAAUACUUUGCCAUGUUGGCCAUACUCGCCUACGCCCGCUUCUCCACGGUUGCUCUCAUCACCAUUUCAAACCCACUACCUACAGUCCCUACAUCAAAGAUCGCAUUUUUAUGAACAAAUCAGCGCAUUUCUCGAAUUUAGCUCUCUCUGCAACCAAUAAAUAUAUUCCUGAAUCGUCAGCAGCAGCAAAAACAAUGUCCAACAAAGCCAGGAAGAAGGCCAGCCGAGAAUCGCCUGAAGGAGUGCUCAGAUUUAAACUAGAUAUGUGUUCGAAGCGCGGUGAUGUUGUGGAAGCUCUUCGCCUUUAUGAUGAGGCUAGGAGUCUAGGGGUUCCGCUUAGCCAGCACAAUUACAAUGUUUUAUUGUAUUUGUGCUCUUGUUCGGGGUCAAAUGGGGAUGAGAAUGUGGUGAAUUUGGCGUUGAAGAGAGGUUUUGAGAUUUUUAAGCAAAUGGGUGUUGAUGGAAUUGAGCCUAACGAGGCUACAUUUACUAGUGCGGCGAGGUUGGCCUGUGCGAUGGAGGACCCAGAAAUGGCGUUUAGUUUGGUGAAGCAGAUGAAGAGUUGUGGUACCCCCAAGUUGAGGUCGCAUGGACCACCACUGUUUGGGUUUUGUAAGAAGGGGGAUGCGAAUAGAGCAUAUGAGGUUGAUGCCCACAUGGUGGAAUCCGGUGUGGUUGCUGAAGAACCUGAGCUCUGUGCUCUGCUUGGGCUUAGUGUGGAGUCGCAGUGGGUGGACCAGGUGUAUCAGAUGAUGCACCGCUUGCGAGCAUCCGUGAGGCAGGUCUCAGAAUCAACUGCUGAGGUUGUUGAACGAUGGUUCAAUUCCGAAGAUGCUGCAGGAGUUGGGGAGGAGAAUUGGGAUGUGGGGAAGGUGAGGGAAGGGGUUGUCAAAGGAGGAGGGGGCUGGCAUGGGCAAGGGUGGCUGGGGAAAGGGAAAUGGAAGGUGGUGAGGACUGAGAUGGAUGAGGCGGGUGUGUGUCAGUCGUGUGGCGAGAAGCUUGUUGGCAUUGAUAUUGAUCCAAGGGAGACUGAGAACUUUGCUAGCUCUUUGACCAAGUUGGCUUGCCAAAGAGAAGUUAAGGCAGAUUUUGUCCAGUUUCAGGAGUGGCUUCAGCGGCAUGGUCCAUUUGAUGCAGUGGUAGAUGGUGCCAAUGUGAGCCUGAUCAAUCAAAAGAGCUUCAACUUUUUCGAGCUUAACUCUGUUGUAAAUCGCUUACGUCAAAUAAGUCCAUCAAAGCAAUUACCACUUGUUAUCUUGCAUAGAAGUCGUGUAACUGGUGGUCCUGCUCAGAAUCCCAAUAAAGAGAAGUUGAUACAGAGUUGGAAAAAAUCUGGUGCACUUUAUGCUACACCUGCUGGUUCAAAUGAUGAUUGGUACUGGUUAUAUGCUGCUGUUAAUGGUAACUGCUUGCUAGUGACAAAUGAUGAGAUGCGAGAUCACUUGUUCCAGCUGCUUGGAACUAGCUUUUUUCCUAGAUGGAAGGAAAAGCAUCAGGUUAGGCUGACGAUGACUAGGCGUGGCCCUGUUCUCCAUAUGCCACCUCCAUAUUCAAUUGUUAUCCAGGAGUCGGAACAGGGUAGUUGGCAUGUACCAACUGUCAUAGGCGACGACCUUGAGACCCCGAGACAGUGGCUAUGUGCCACCAGAACUAGGAAAAACCAUUGGCAUCCUCAGCAUUUAGAGUGAAGUCUGAAAAAUGUGCAUAAGCCAACUCUACACCCUUGAGAUCCUCAAGGGAAUGGUUAAUGGUUAUUGCUUCGAGGGCCAAAGAGAGGGGGCUUCCCGGGAUUUCAAAAGACUGCAAUUGAGUGAGACACUUCCAUAACUUCUGCAGACUAAAAUAUUUCCAUUUUAGUAUGGUAAUCUAGACUAAAAUACUGCAAUUGCUCUCAAGCAUUCUUUGCUUCCUUUUUAGCUCAAUUGUAACUAAAAUAUGUAUUUUAUUGUGCCAUUAUUUUAUUUUAAAUUCAAAUUUAAAAUUUACUUA